UGACGUCAUCAACGUAUGAAACUGAGACGCAGCUCGCGUACGGAGCAGUUGAUCGGUUGAAGACAGAAGAGUCUCACGGACAAGAGGACUUUGUAUUGCUCGAGAACGAUAAAUACAAUGGAGAACAGCAAAGUGGAAAACUGCAUCACAGAAACCAUCGAUAAUACCGCUCACUUGGACUGUAAUCUGAACUCUGAUAAAGAAAACAUGGAGGACACAGUGGAGUUCAGACUCAUGAUGGCUUAUGCUCAGAGGCGGCGGCCAGCGAACGACAACACACCCAAAGAAAACGGCUCAGCCACAGAACAAACGCUGACUCAGACAUCUGGACAGACUGAAAACAAGAAGGAAGAGGUAGAGAAGGAGAAGAAGAAGAAAAAGAAGAUAUGGAGGCAACUGAAAGUGAUUUUCAAGUGUGUUCAGCCUCAGACAGCGGAGCCAGAAUCGCCACAGGACGACCCCAUGUUCCGAAACUUUGUUCCUGAAGACAAAGAAUCUGAGCAUCAAGCUGAAGCUCAGGAUGAGAUGGAGGAAGUGGCGAACCGAGUGAUCGGGAUUGCCGAUGAAUUUGAUUUUACGCCCGACAUGGAUCCGUGCAUCGAGGCCGAUGGGGAAGAUGAUUUGGAGAAGAUGAUCGGUCUGCUCCUAAGGAACCAAGGCGACCAGCUGGACAAAGAGUUUGACCUGGCGCACAUUGGUGCAGAACUGUUUUUAGACUACAACUUCUUCGCGAGGCUUCUCAACAGAUUUCUGAUCAGGAUCGGCUUCAGGAGACCGGACUCUAACUCUUUAGGACCCCAAGCAGCCAACAGAACCCAAAUUGCUGCCGCCUUAGAGAUAACAAGUCGUCUCGCCUCUGUCGAGGCAUUGCCCAAAGUCAAGUUAUAUAAACAUGGAGCUCGAUAUCUCCAGGAAUAUUAUUCAUUGUGGGCUCAAACGCAGGGCGGAUACGAGGCAGUGUUUCCUGAUGAAGAGGAAGUUGACUGAUUUGGAGGUUGAUUAUUCAUUACAAGAACAACAACAAGAAAAAGGUGUUAAAAUGGUGCGAAGAAUAGAAUCACUCAGGACCUUCAUCCGUUUACAAGGAGCAGUUUUCUCUGCUUGGACCAAAGUUAAAGAGGAAAUUAUUUCACAUUAAUUUAAUCUAGAGCACUUAUUGUACAGACUACCAUCAACAAAAAUUAAUUUAUUUAAUCUUAUAAAACAUUAUGUCUCGUUAACGCACUUGCACUUUUUAUAAAAAAUAAAAAGAACGCUUUAAGUUUUUUUUAUGUUAAUGUUAUUUUGUUACCAAUAAGUGUAUACAUUAAAUUAUAUUUUUGAAUAAAAACAUUUUGUGGCACUGUCAGUUUCCUU